AUGGCACAGCAUCACCUCGAGACGAGGCAAGGCUACUGGGUGCAGGACGUGAUGUCGAUUCCGAAGGAGAGGCUGCAGCAGGUGGCGCAGAUAUCUGCGCGGAUAUUCGACCAGUGCUACAACCCAUCUGGCGCUAGAAUAGGUACCAAGAUACUGACGAAGCGGCUUAGAGGCCCUGCUAUGGUGCAGUACUACGGGAACCCCGACCUGCUCCGGUUCAGACAGCUCAAGUCGCUGUACCCAGGGUUCAAGUUUACCGACCCCGAGGAGCAGUACCGGCUGCAGAUGGUGGACUCGCGCAAGCGCAGAGGCAAGGGUGCGCCCACCAAGAAGAAGGAGGCAUCUACGGACACCAAGAAGAAGCGGAAAUAG